CAAUUAAACCUUUUUUCUACCGUGAUCGACAGUGUUAAAAUAUUUCCUUGAAACACAAAUGGGUGUGUGGGUUCACGUGAGUGAUUUAGUUACUUCGACGGUUUUCUUCCCCGUUUUCCCUGGAUGGACUUUCAGUCUUAGACUGUGAAUCCCUUUAGUGCUAAUUGUUUCGUGAAGAUCGUUUGUCGGGAAAACCAGUGUGACACUGAAGAUAUUGUGAAAAAUGAAUGCCGAGGAGGUCAAAGUUGGCUGCUUCCAAACGGUGAUCGUGCUACUUUUGGCUGUUAACUAUGUCAUUGUCGCUAUGAGCCACGCGUUACCGGUUUUUCAUAAUUACACGCCGAAGUUCUAUUGUCAGGUAAGAAAUGGAACGAAACGAGCAUAUGGGUGCCAAGAAUUGGCCAACGUGACUCUAGCAGGCAAUGAGACUUCCGGUUUCGAAGAUUUUUCCGAUUCGGAUCUAUGUUUCGGCGAUUAUCAAUUCGCUACUGAGUUUGGAGAAAACAGCGUGGUAACAGAGUGGGGUUUAAUUUGUGAAAAGCGAUAUUUGACAUUUCUUGGGCCCACGGUUUAUUAUGUGGGAGUUUUGAUGGGUGCCUGGAUCGCAGGUCUUUUGGGUGAUCGUAUCGGCAGACUACCCGUUCAAGCCAUUUGUCUUUACACUCAGGGGACCAUGGCUGUUGCACUAUAUGUUGUACAGAAUUAUCCCACGUUCUUGGCCCUUCGCGGACUGCAAGGAGUUUUUGUUCAGGGUCUACAAAAUUCUACGUAUAUUCUUUCUUUGGAAUUGUUUCCUGCGAAAGCUCGGACAUUCGUUGCAUUAAUUAUGCAAAUUGCGUGGGCCAUCGGCCUACUGCUUCUGGCUGCACUUAGUUAUGUCAUAACGGAUUGGAGAAUUUUACAGCUAGCCGUCUCGGUUCCCACUGCAAUUACCGUACUUUAUAUUUGGAUCGUACCGGAAUCACCAAGAUGGCUGAUCGCAAAGGGCAAGAUCACAGAAGCGGAUAUGGCAUUGGAACGUAUCGCGAAGUACAAUGUUUGCUGCAUGAAAUUACGAAGAAGAAGAGAUACAACGGAAGAAAUCGUUCCUGAAAACACGACACCGAUCAAACCUGAAAGGAAGUCACGUAUAUCAUCGUCCGACUUGAAAAAAUUGAAAUCGGAUACCGAAUUGAAAGAGGAAGCUACCACUUUGCUAACUAAUAACGCAGAAAAUAUUGAACAAAACGUUCGAAAAACGAGUUUGAGAGCAAUUUCAGAUAAUCUUGAAAUCAAGCUUCCCAAAACGAAAUCAAUGUCAAACUCUCUUCCCUGUGAGAAUGGUGAAACAGAGAAAAACGUUCCCACCAGCUCAAAAACCCAUCGAAAAUUAAAAUCUAUAUCCCAACCAGCCGAUAGUCAACGACUUUCCGCGAAAAGUGCAUACGACAUCGUCGAGCUAAGAACUCCUGCAAAAAAAGACAUGUUAACUAGAGAUGAGGAGCUGGCUGGGAAUAAAGUUGAAGAAAAAUUCAAUAGCGUGCAACCGGAACGAGAAUUGAAGAAUCUGUUCAAGUCUAUGCUGUUGAGAAAGUAUAGUGCAGUAUUGUUUUGCCAAUGGUUGACAUCUUCCGUGGCAUGUUGCGUAUUUAUGACAUUGGUACCCAAUUUUCCCGUCAAUCGUCACGUGACAUUUGCACUUGGCGGUGCAUUAGAAAUUGCAACUUACGUAUUCGUCUAUUUUAUAUUAUCCAGAUACGGUAGACGAGUACCUAUGACUGCAUAUCAGUCUCUUAAUGGCAUCAUUUGUAUCUUAAUGGCAGCUGUAAUCAUUUUGACGAAACCUAUGAUUGGAAUGGACCUCACGAAGACCAUUAUACUGUCACUCGGCAGAGUAACAGCAAUAAGUACUGUCUGCAUAACAUAUUUAUAUACAAUCGAGAUCUACCCGACCGUUGUGCGGGGAACCUUUUUAGGAUUGUGCACAGUUUUCGCCAAAAUUGGCAGCUUGUGUACACCACACAUAUUAUUAUCGGGCGAAUACAUUCCAGUCACCAUUCCUUUAAUUGUCAUAGGAAUGCUUUGCUUAGUAUCUGGAGGUCUUGCUCUAAUUCUACCGGAAACUCUGGGCACAAUUUUACCUGAUACUAUUGACGAUUCAGAAUUGUUGAUGGUUAGAAAGAGAGAGAAGGAAAAUAAUGCAAAUUUAAGCAAUGAAAGUACACCGAAGAAGGAAGAUUUAUCAGAAAGAGAAAUACUUCGAACGAAACUUUUUUCGGAGGAUUGGGUAGAUGCUGGAAAUGGUAUAUUGGUUAAUUUUGCAGAUAGUAAAAACACUGAGUCUUAGAAUGAAAUAUAAACGGGUUAAAUGAAAGUAUCAAACUUCUAUUUUUGUGAAGACUUAUUCCCAAUAACUGAACGUCAUGAACAAUGAAUAAUUGAUAUUGUUGAUAAUAUCUUGAAAUAUUGGGAAAUAAGAUCGAUAAUAUUUAUAAUACAAAUUCCUUUUUUAUAACAUUUUAAUAUAGUCAUAACUGAAUCGCAGUAAUAUUUUGGGUUUCUUUAUAUAUAGUAUCUUAGUAUUAGAACGUGAUCUUUAUUGAUUAUUUUUAAUUAUUAAUAGGUAUGUAACAUACAUUUU